CACGGGGCGGGCCCCUGGGCCUCAGUUUUCCCAUCAGGAGUCUGCUGAUACUACACCCUAGAGCCUGCUCUAAGUUUAAAGCCAAUGCCCCACCCCCUGACUCAGCGAGGGCAGGACUUCUCUCCAAGCCCUUCUCCCCCUUUUCCGCUCCCUGUUCCUCGGAAGCGGCCCUGGGAAAAGGGAGAAGGCAGGCUGCAGCUGGCCGCAGCCUCCAAUCGGCCAGAGCCAGGAACCCAGGUGGGAUCAAGAAUCUCAGACCCAGGAUGUUGACAACAUUGUUGCCACUGCUGCCUCUACUGCUCCUGCCGGGCUGGGCCCUCUGCAGCCAGGAAGCCUCAGACGGCCCUCGGAACCUCCACAUGCUCCAGAUCUCCUACUUUCUCGACCCCGAUCAAGUGUGGCACCAGGGGAACGCAUCGCUGGGGGGGCUGCAGACGCACAUGCUGGAAGGCCCGGGCACCAACGUCACGAUCCUCCAGCUGCAGCCCUUGCAGGACCCCGAGAGCUGGGCGCUCACAGAGAAGAGGCUGCAGCUCUACCUGAGCCACUUCUCCGGCUUCGUGCAGCUGGUGCACCGGGAGCGGCACGUGGCCUUUCCUCUGACCAUUCGCUGCUUCCUGGGCUGUGAACUGCCUCCUGAGAGCUCUCAAGCCCAUGUCUUCUUCGAAGUGGCUGUGAAUGGAAGCUCCUUUGUGAGUUUCCAACCAAAGACAGCCUCAUGGGUGGCAGGGUCCCAGGCACCCUCCAAAGUGGUCACCUACACCCUGCAGAAGCUCAACACCUUCAAUCAGACGAGCUAUGAACUGCUGGAAUUCCUGCAGGACACCUGUGUGCAGUAUGUGCAGGAACACCUCGCCGUGAAGAACUUGAAAGGGAGCCAAACAGGCCGCUCCUACACUUCGCUGGUCCUAGGCGUCCUGGUGGGCAGUUUCAUCAUCGCUGGUGUGGCUGUAGGCAUCUUCCUGUGCACAGGUGGACGGCGGUGUUAAUUACUCUCCAGCCGCCUCUGAAAAAGGGCUGGACCGAUGGGGGCUGGCAAAGGAAGAUCGCAGCUCACUGCAAAACCAGACUCCCCAUCUGGGACAUUAUAUACCAGCACAUUUGGAGUGGCAACUCCUUUCUUCUCCCAGAUCUGUCCACCAAGAGUUUGGGGGAAGGGAGGUGAGGAAGCUAGGUAGACAGAGUACUUGGUUUGCUAAGAACCUAAGAACUUGCACGCUUUGCUGAAUUGGUCUGAGAAGUGAAUGCUUAUCUCUUUGUGGAAAACAGAUGAUGGAGUUGGGGCAGGGGAAUCUAUGGCCUUCUGUCCAAAGACAGAAUCACCUGAGGCAUUCAAAACACAUAACCAAAUAAAACAAGUCAUCCACAACCAAAAUAAACAAUUCAGUGCUUCCAGGUGUGUCCGACUUGGGAAGGGAUACUGGUAAAAGAGAGGUAGAAAGAAAUAACCAGAGAAAUGAUGGAAGUGUAAAAUCCAAGUCAUAUGGGGGCCAGGAGUUAUUAAUCAAUUAACAAUAAUAAUAAAUUCCUUACUUAUGUAUAAGGCAUUGUUAUUUCCUCUACUUUGUAAAACUUCUGGAAAAGUAGACUAUACCCUUUAUUUCUCAUCUCCUCUUCACUCUUCAACCCACUGCAGUGUGACUUCUCUAGAAACUGCUCUAAGAUCAUCAAUGACUGCUAAUUGUGAAACCUUCAUCUUCUAUGAUAUCUGCAACAUAUCACUUUGUGGACUAGAACUCUCUUUUUACUCCAACUUCUGUGAUGCUAUACUUCUAAUUUUUAGAAACUAUUCUGGCCCCUCAGUCAAUCCCUUUGCCUAUGUCAUCUUAUUAAAUUCACCUUGGAAAUGUUGACUUCCUUAGAAUUCCGUUUUUUGGCUUCUUUUGUUCCCCUUUAAACUGUACCCUUUCUGGGUGACCUACUAACUUCCAUGGCUUCAAAUGCCGUCUAUCUUUGGUGAUUUCCAAGGGGAAGCAAUAGAAUCUUGUUUUUAAAAGCAUCAGACAGACUCAAGUUUUACUUCUUUGAGCCAGGCAUUUAACUUCUUCAAGUCUCAGUUUCUUCAUAAGCAAAAGGUAUAAUAAAAUAUAUAAAAAGGGUAUAAUAAAAAGAACACCUACCUCAUAGAGGCAUUAUGAGUAUUAAAUAAGAUAAUAUAUAUAAUAUAAUAUAUGCAUACUCAAUAAAUAUAGCACUUGCUGCUGACCUCCAGACUCCCCCAUUUGCAUUGAUUCUUGAAAAUCAUCUCUAUCUUAAUGUUUUGCAGACAUUUCAGAGUCAAGAUGUUCAAAAUUACAUUCCUUAUCUUUCUCCCCAAAUCUGUCCUCUCUCUUGUGUUGUUUAGUAUCAGUUAAACAGAAUUACCAUCAAAUCAUAUCAAUAUAGAGACCUCAGUGUUAAUGUUUAUUUACUCCCUCUUCAUCCCCACCUACAAAGUACGAUAUCUAUAGAAUCCAUUCCCUCCUAUCCACUCCAUUGCUUUUGUUCAAGAUAUCAUAAUUAAUCUAUUUUUCUGUGCCACCCAGUUCUAUCUUCAAAGAAAGACUUGCUGUUGAGCUACAGGGAGUACAGCCAACAGAUAACCUCUAGCUGCUUCAGUUCCUUCAGUGUCCGCCUCACCUGCCAGGAACAGUCCUGAACAAGGUCACGCUCAUCCUGGGGCUGUCUUCAUCCAGUGACUGAGCAAAGCAGGAGUAUAAACAUUCACCAUGCUGGCCCACUGCAGGGCAAUUCUGAUGAGCAAUAUUCACUCCAGAGCUCCUUGCCAGGUUGGCUAGGUCUUUGUCAGAUCUACAUUGCAGUUUGACUUCUCCCUCUACUCAAUCCCUCUUUCCUCCCCCCAGUUAAUAUCUUGCACCUCAAACUCUGUCUCAGCAUCUGCUUCCAGAAAACCCGACCUAUGACUGACAAUCUGUCUCUCUCUCCAAAUUGAGAGCUUUUCUCAGUCUUUUGUCUGGACCAUGGCAACGGCCUCCUCCUAAUUGUUCUCCUAGCCUCUAAUUUCUCUGAGUUCUAAUUCAUCCUCAUCUAAUACAUGGCAAUAAAAAAAAUAGAUCUGA